AUGACAGUCUCUGAGAAAGCAGGUCAUCUUCUCCUCCAGACCACGCGCCGAAGAUCCCCAGUCUUCAUCCUCCUCGCCCUUAUACUGCUAAUAAUCAUCUACCCUUUCCGCUCAACCCUCCUGCCGACGACAGCAACAGCCUCCAUCGCAAACCCUACAGACGCCAUAACCACAGAUCCAAAACCCGACUCGCAAUUCCCCUCCCAACCCCAAAAAGAAUCUCCAACCCUCCCAGCGCGCACCCUCCUAACGCGGCCGCUCUCCCACGACAAAACCACAAUCCCCAAGAUAAUCCACCAAACAUGGUUCCCAGCGGGGAGCAACAUGUCCGAGUCGGCACAGACCUGGGUCGCGACGGUCAAGCACCACUACAGCGACUGGGAGUAUGUGCUCUGGGACGACGAGAGCAAUGAGGCGCUGGUGCGCGAACAUUUUCCGUGGUUUCUCGAGACGUAUAAAGGUUUGCCAAAGGAAAUUAACCGUGCGGAUAUGGCGAGGAAUUUUUACAUGUUUCUUUUUGGGGGGAUGUACGCCGACGUCGACACCGAAGCCCUCCGCCCCAUCGACCCGCUCUUCGCAUCACACGAGGUAUCGCUAGCAUCACACUUGGAUACGCUCUCCUCCUCCUCCUCUUCCCCUAUCACCAACGCCGGAAAAUCUCAAGUCCAACGCGCCUUCAUGGGCCGCAUGGCACACACCCUCGACCCGGAGGGCCUCGGCGCAAUCCCCAACGGCUGGAUGGCGUCCCCACCAGGGCACCCUUUCUGGCUCCUCCCCGUGCUCUCGGUCCUCGAGAACCCCAAGGGCGACGGGAGCGUCGAGGGGAUGACGGGCCCGGGGAUAUUGGGCCCCCUCAUCAAAGAGUACUUCGCGAGCGCGAGUACGGGCAGCGAUGGCGGGUUACUCCGACAGCUCUGUCGACGGAUCCGCGAGUUGAGUGGUGGAAGUGCUGGAGAUUGGAGUUCCUUCUGUCCUAGAACUGAACAUGGGCAUAGUCUGGAGGAUUAUGAGGAUGCCAAAGAUGGGCAGGCGGGGGAGUUGGCACAUGCGCUGAUCCUCCUCCCGCGCGAGCAGAUCUACCCGUUUAGUUGGGCGGAUGAUGGCGAUGUCAAGGUUUGUUUGGGGGCCAAGUCGAAUGCGCUGUUUGAUCCCGAGGCGUGUAAGAGGAGGAUGAGGGUUGAUGCGUGGCCUAGUUAUUUUAUUACGUAUUGCACGCAUACUUGGUAG